UUUCGCCCGCGAAAUCGAUUAUUCGCGAGUAGUAGUCCAGCCGUAAUAGAGCCUCUUUCAAGGGUUACGAAUAUCAAACCAUCACGUAAACCAUCAUGGGAAAGAGAUUCGAGACAAUAGCCGCCAUGGCUUGCAUGACAACAUUGCUGAUGCUCUUCAAUUUUGUCUUCUGGUGCAGUGGAAUGAUAAUGCUAGUUGCCGGGAUAUGGAUGCGGAUGCAGUUACGCGAUUACGUUGACAUGGGGGCUGAAGGAAGUGGAGCUGCACUUUUGGGCUUGGCCUGUCUUGGGGCCCUCGUUGCCCUCAUCGCGACCCUCGCCUGUUGCUGCACCGCUAAAGGACAUCCAGCCUUAUUAUACGUGUACGGAGCUUUCCUAGCGGUGAUUGCUCUCCUGGAAUUGGCAGCGGGUGCGUCGAUCUACACAUAUCGUAAUUGUCUUGUCGAUAGCUUUGAUCAGGGAUUGAACCAGACACUGGCUCAUUACGCCACUGAUAUCUCGACGCAAAAUCAUGUCGAUGCCAUGCAAAAAACGCUCCAUUGCUGUGGCAAUCGAGCCUCCACUGACUGGAUGGAUCUAAAGCCUCCACAGGACAUUCCCAAGUCCUGUUGCAAAAUAAAAGAGGACCUCUGCGAUAUCACUAUUGACAGCGAUAUUUACACUCAGGGCUGCUACAAUCGAGUAAUUGACUUCAUCAACUCCAACAUCGGUCUAGUAGCAGGGGGUGCUGUUGGUGUAGCAUUUUUCCCGCUUGUUGGAGUUUUUCUCGCUUGCUGUCUCGCAAGUAAUAUUAAUAAAGCCAAGUAUGAACAGGUGGCAUAGACGGGGUAGACUGGGGGUCAACGGUUAGAAUGUAUUCGAUAUUGAGAGGGUAGAGAUGAUGGGGUGAGGAAUUGCAGGACUUCAGGACUUAUAAUGUCGGUGUCUAUUAUUACUCGUCCUCUUUGCAAUGUCAAUAUUUAUCGGAAUUCAAUACUCCAAUUUAAAUGUCUUCAAAUUUUACGAAUUAAUACUAUUAUUAUGGCUUGUUAUGAUUAUUAUUUUGGAAAUUCGAUCUUCCGGUCUUUUGACUUUAUCAAUAGAAAUCGAAUUUCUACUAAUGUUCUUUCAAUAAUGAGCGCGCAUUUUUUUAGACGUUUUUUAAAAUAGUCUUAUCAAUAAUGACGAAUGAUAUUUUGGUUAGCCGGGGAUACCUCGAUUAAACCUCUGGAUUUUAUUACCUUGUUAUAUUCUUGUUGAAUGAAAUUUGCGUCUUGAUAAAUUAUUAAUAUAUUCUAUAGAUAUUAUAUUUAUGGUUAUGAAUAAUUAGCUUUAAUAUCUCGAUGUAUAUUAUCUGAAUAUAUAUUGUAUAAUAAAAGAAUUUAAACUUUUUUCUC